AUGUUCAACGGACCAAUAUCUCUACCCUCUUCAACAUCUUCAUCCCCACCUUACUACACCAUCUCCUCUGACUCAGAGCCCUCUGACCCCCAAUCUCCCACUUUGGCUCAGCUUCAGGCUCGUGCCCUUUCCACACACCACCAAUCUGAACCAGAAGCCAACAUUCCAUCACCAUCUGGACAACCACCAACACCUCCAUUUGAACCUCCCAUCGAAACACCCUCUGAAAAACCUAUCAUCCAUAACUCUGAACCUCUCGCUGAAACCACCCCGACACCACCAACACCUAAAUCUCCUAUCCCUGAACCAGAACCUAACUUCCCCACCCUGAUAAGUACGUCUGAUCAGAGAGGCAGAAGACAAGGCCAGAAGAGAAGCAGAAGAGAAGGCCGUCUUGAAGAAGAGAAAAGGGCUAGAGAAGCUACAGAGAAUGUUGUUGCUGAGGAUGCUGCUGGUGAUGUUGGAGCUGAAGCAAAAGCAAAGGCUGAUGCUGAAGAAGCAACACACAUAGCUGCAGAAGAAGAUGCAAAGGCAAUUAAUGAUGCUCAGACUCAGGGGGAGCAAUCUCAUUCUGAUUUCGCUCCUCUUGUCCUGAAGACUCUAGAAGAGCUACAGAAGGAGCAACAGAUAGUGAGAGCAAGACUGGACUAA